CUCUCGCACUCUCACACACUCUCUCUGUCUCGUUCCUCUCCCUCCUGCCUCUCUCUCAAUUCUUUCUCUCUUUUUCCCCGGAUAAUUCUUCAUCCAAACCUCAAUCACGUAUGAUUGCGUAGAGAGAGAACCGUGAGCCCAUUCACUCAUGCCUGUAGGCGAGAGGAGAGCACCCGCAUACCCUCCAUACGGAAGGAAAUAAUCCAUUACUCCAAUCGUGUUGUCUGCAAGGAAACCGGCUUUUUGGAAGAUUUUUAUAGUCUAAAUACGAACAAUAAUAACGAAACGCAUAUGUUUUUCUCUCAUUGUAAAGCCAAAUCACCAUGUUGCUGCUGCAUUCUCACAGAUCAUUAUCUUUCCCCGACCGUGCUCGGAGGGUCUGCUGAUAGAAGGGCUGGUACAGAUGGCACAGAUGCCGGUAGUCCCGGAGAGUGAGUGGGGCAGCCAAAUGGACCGCCGCCUACCCUUUGUCCCCUCUCGAUUCGGUUUUGACUUCGGUUUAAUACAUUGACAAGUUAUGAGACGUUGCAUUCACCCAGCUGUUGAUGAAAAUAGUUUACAGUGAAGUUUAAGGUGUCUCGAAUGCAUUAUGGUGCUGGAUAUUUUGACACUCACGGACUUUCCGUGCAAAUGAGGAUUAUACCGAGGGGACAGUCGUGCUUGUCAGACCUGGAAUACCUGAGACUCAAUUUUGCGCACGCACGCUCCGAUACACACAAACUUAUUUACCACAGUUACAUUUUUUUUUUAAUUGCCUAGAUUAUGCGUAAAUUGGUGGCAUUUAUACUUUUCCUGCAAUUAAUUUGUGUAUUUUCUAAGGGGUCAGAAUGACAUUUUGCUAAAUCCGCGUGGAUCGUUUUUUACAUUUUUUUUUUUUAAAUGUAACGGUUCUUUUUGCUCCAAACUAUCACACAACCACUCGAUCUCUGUCCAACGACUCUUGGUUCUGUUCGACUCGCCCGCGAGGGAGAUGGCCGCUAUCGCCAGCUCCUUGAUCCGUCAGAAACGCCAGGCGAGGGAGUCAAACAGCGACCGAGUCUCCACUACAAAACGCCGUCCUAGCCCCAGCAAAGAUCCUCGUUCCAUAUGCGAGCGCCAUUUCUUGGGGGUCUUCAGCAAAGUCCGUUUCUGCAGCGGAAAGAAAAGACCAGCCGCUCGGCGGCGACCAGAUGCAUCCUCCAAACCUCCACAGGUGUCCCGUAAGGGCGGCAGGCUAGAGCCGCAGCUGAAGGGCAUCGUGACACGACUGUUCAGCCAGCAGGGCUUCUACCUGCAGAUGCAGCCGGACGGCUCUAUCGAUGGCAGCAAGGACGAGAACAGCGACUACACCCUGUUUAAUCUUAUUCCUGUGGGUCUGAGGGUGGUGGCCAUCCAAGGGGUGAAGGCCGGCCUCUACAUCGGCAUGAACGGAGAGGGUUUCCUCUACAGCUCAGAAAUGUUCACGCCGGAGUGCAAGUUUAAGGAGUCGGUGUUUGAGAAUUACUACGUGAUCUACUCGUCCACUGUGUACCGGCAGCAGGAGUCCGGUCGGGCCUGGUUCCUGGGCCUCACCAAGGAAGGCCAGGUCAUGAAGGGGAACAGGGUCAAGAAGACCAAGCCCUCAUCACACUUUGUCCCCAGGCCCAUUGAAGUGUGUAUGUACAGGGAGCCGUCGCUGCAUGAGAUCGAGGAGAAACAGCGCUCCAGGAAGAACUCAGGGACUCCCACCAUGAACGGAGGGAAAGCUGUCAACCAGAAUUCCUAGCAGCGGGGCCCCAAGGGUGGGGGGCCACUAGGGUGCCCGGUCCCCCCUCUCUUAAACAGAGGGGGGAGGGGCCACAAACUCCCCUCACCACCAUGCCCUCUGAAGGGAUGGACCGCCACGAGGGGGAGGAGCUACACCCAAGACCACAAAAAAACUCUUGCCUGUGAAAAUCUUUUAGACAAAUAUCAAGAUAAACCCAGAGGAAAACAAAAAAGCGACUACAAACAUUUUCAAUCAGGACUUGACCUACGUUUUAUGCAAAAAAGAAAAAAAAAGCUGUGACAAGACAAAGAAAUGGUGGUCUCUUCACAAUACAAAUAUCUAUCGUUUCCAAUUUUUAUGCUGUGAAAAAUUUGCUUUAAACCACGUUUGAUUUCCCAUGCGUUGAUUUUCUGAAUGCUAUGACACGCUCACAAGUUUUAUUGUCCAUUAAUAAUAAUAUUAUGUAUGUGUUGACUAACUCAUCAUCCCAAUUUUAGUAUCAUUGUUAUUCUGUUUUUCGUUUGAGACUGUAGAAGUUUGAAAAAUUGUUUGUGUUCAUAUUGCGUGACAGUGAAUGCCCUUUUUCACUGGUGUGAGGGUAAACAUGUAAUGUAUAUGAGAGCUCGCUGUUGGGCUCGGAAGGAACAGGUAUGGGUGGGUGGGAUGGGUUUUGCUCAGGUGAUUGUCCUUUCGGUGAGGAAUACGUUGGGUGGAUCUCAAUACUCUAAUUUGGAGUCUCCUCACACUCUUCGGUAUUACAGGACUAGACAACUAAAAGCAAUACAGAGGGGCUACUACAACAAGCCUCACAGCAGGCAUCUACCAUAUUAUGGUGCUUUCGAGUGCUAUCGGAAAUGUGGAAAUACAAGUUCCCGACUCGGAAAUAACCACUUGAACGAUCCUCAAAGUCGGAAACACAAGUGGGAAACAUGGUCCAGAGUUGUGCCGUUUCAUCGCUGGCCCUUCACCUUUUCAACCACUAGACGGUAGGAGAAAACCAUUUACAACCUUAACCAUGUGAUUAACGUAGCUUAGUGGAUCCGUACAGUAUAUAGUUUGACACAUUGUCAACGUAAGCAACAUUAGCUAGAUUAGCCAUCUAGCUAGAAUCUCAUUGGUUGAAGAGUUAUUCCAAACUUCAUUAGAACACGAGCGCACUCAUGCCAUAAUUUACAACUUGGGAACCAAUUGGGAAAUACCGAGAUUCCGAGGACCACUCGAACGCACCAUUACUCUCAACAAUCCCGUUCUGUCAACUCAAUGGUCAGGAGGGAAAAGAAACAAGAAAGGAUAGCCUUGAAAUAGCAUCAAUACUCUGGCAACGUGUUUGUAGGCAGGAGGAAAAAAGGUAGAUAGAACUUCAGGUUUGUUUUUGUUAGGUGAACCAGCACUAGUAAGGGGAUGUGUCUCUAAUAAGAACUAGCUUGGCCAAUCCUAUGGGAGAAAAUGUAAUAUUAUCUCCAGAAAACAGGGAAACUUGGCUAGCAUCCGCCAAUCAAGGAUUCUUUCAUGAAUACUUGAAACUGGUGUAUUUCACCUCAGCAUGCGCUUUGACAAAGACUUGAUGAUCAGUGAUCAGAGAAUGCUUUUAGUCGGUACAAAGAAAUCAUGGACAUGUCCUUAGGAAGGCAAGUUGUGGCUUGUUUAAGGGCAAGACAUAGACACAGUACUGUAUGCAUCAGAGAAGGUAGGAUUGCUGGCAAGUCUCAGACAAGUAUUCGUCCCAAUACUCUUAAGAAGCUUCCUCUCCUUGUGUCUUGUUGAUGGGUUGUGGCGUAUUAAUUUCAUAGAAGUAGUCUCUUUAUAUCUUUAUAUAUACAAGGUAAAGGAAAAAAAAAUAAAGGAAGUAUUUUAAGAGGAUUUUGGACAAAGCCCCUGGGAAACCCGCUUUCAUUGUUAAUAUUUCACCUACGAUACUGUACUCAAUAACAGCCUACUACAACGGGAUGGAGCCCAGCCUACCACAACGGGAUGGAGCCCAGCCUACCACAACGGGAUGGAGCCCAGCCUACCACAACGGGAUGGAGCCCAGCCAUCCAAAACCCAGGAAAAUAAAACAUUUGGACGCCAGAAGGUUUGCCCUGAGAGUCUGUAAAUAUGUCACUGUUUUGUACUUCCAGGCUGGCAUCCUAAUGGCUUCCAUCGCAGUAGGGGCUGGCAUCCUAAUGGCUUCCAUCGCAGUAGGGGCUGGCAUCCCAAUGGCGUCCAUUGCAGUAGGUUUGGUGAGCCAUUAAAUGAGCCAUUUUCUGCAUUGUGGAAACGAGACCCUGUCAUUUCAUAAAUCAAAUGUAGGAGAACGGCUGUAUAUACAAAGGAGAUAUAUGAAGGUCAAACCAGUUGUUAAGGCAGGGAAGAACCCCCCCCCCCCCCCCCCCCUUCACCAAUAUAGACAAAUCACCCGUGGAGGAGCAAUCCACUGAUCCUAUCGUUCGUCUAACUCAGGAAGUCCCACUCCAGUCCAAUGAACGGAGUCCGACAACAAGGCGGGCCACCCUUGCCAAGCGCCCAAUGCACAAAACCUGGCCAAAGGUGUGGUCCUGGGGCGACUGGGGGGGGGGUGGGGGGUCUGGGGGGGGUGUCAGGCCUGGAUAUGAGUUAAGGGAUGUCAGGGUGUCAUGUCAGACACAUUCUAACUGGCAGGUCAUGGCAGGAAGACCAGCACAAGGUAUUGCUCUGUGUCGGGGGAACUGAAAAAAAUAUAUAUUAUUCACAAAGGUUCCACUGGGGUCUGGAGAGAGCUGGCACAGUUCUGCAGUAGCUGCUUUACUAUAAGUAGUCCACAGGCACAGAUCUAGGAUCAGCUUACUCUCCUUUAGUUCUAACCUUAACCAUUAGGUCAGCGUUUCCCAAACUCAGUCCUCGGUGACCCCAAGGGGUGUACUUUUUUUUGUUUGUUUUUGCCCCCUAGCACAACACAGCUGAUUCAAAUAAUUAACUAAUCAUCAAGCUUUGAUUAUUUGAAUCAGCUGUGUAGUGUUAGGGGUAAUAAACAAAACGUGUACCCAGUGGGGGCCACAGGACCGAGUUUGGGAAACACUGCAUGAAGUGGUGGAUAUAUCCUACCUGUAACCAUGAAGUGGUGGAUAUAUCCUACCUGUAACCAUGAAGUGGUGGAUAUAUCCUAACUGUAACCAUAAAGUGGUGGGGACGCAGAACGGACUUUAAAUCAGCAUGUAUCAUGUACCUGCAACUUCAUACUACUGGGGGGGGGGGGGGAGGGGAUGCGACGAAGCAUUGCAUGAAAAAUGGAUGUACUUUACAGAGAAAGGAGGGGUUGAGGAUAGAGAGUGAGAGUAAAAUAGGUGUAAUAGAAGUGAACAAAGAGGACACUUUUGGGGACAAGAUGAAAAUGCCAGAGGGACUACCCACGGGCUCAAUACUGUGUAAAGGGAUAUUAUAUUUUGGUUUGGAAAUGAUUUAACCGUCAAUGGAAAACACGCAUUUAUGCAUUAUGAAUUGUGAGAUUAAAAAAAAAAAUGCAUUGAUAUUUAAAUUCAGAAAUGAAGUUAGUGAUUGUUUAAGAAUAAAAAUACAUUAUCAAAAGCUUUCA